CAGGCUUCCUUUAAUACCUUUGUACCCCGGAAGCUCAGGAAAGCAGCAAAUCUGUCCGCGAUCGCUUUUGUGGCCUAUUGAGGUUUCCUGGAGGAUCCAAUCCCACUCAUGGCUGCCCCAAAACUGACUGAGAGUACCAUCACAGCGGGUGGGCAGACCCUGUUCUACCGGCAGGCCACACCUGCUCAGCAGGCACCUCGGCUUUCUGUCUUGCUGCUACACGGCAUUCGUUUUUCAUCAGAGACUUGGCUCAACCUGCAGACUUUGUCUAAGCUGGCAGAAGCGGGAUAUCGUGCUGUGGCUAUUGACCUGCCAGGAUUAGGUCGUUCCAAAGAGGCUGUUGCCCCAGCCCCUGUCGGAGAACCUGCACCAGCCAGUUUCUUGAAGUCGGUCUUUGAGGCCCUCCAGCUCGACCAGGCGGUGGUGAUCAGCCCGUCUCUCAGCGGGAUGUAUUCGCUUCCGUUCCUCUUCCAGCACAAUGAGCUGCUCAAGGCCUACAUCCCGGUGGCCCCCAUCUGCACGGAGAAGUUCCCAACCACACAAUAUGCCAGUGUCAAGACACCAGCACUCAUCGUGUAUGGGGACCAGGAUGCCCAGCUGGGCGAGGUGAGCCUGAACAACUUGAAGAACUUACCUAAUCACAAGGUGAUGCUGAUGAAAGGGGCAGGCCAUGCCUGUUACCUUGACAAACCAGAUGAGUGGCACCAUGGCCUGCUAGACUUCCUGAAGAGCAUCGAGUGAAGAGCAGAUAGGCUCUGCACCCUCCCAAACAACCCACAAUCAAUGACUUCCCCCAACUGUCUCUUUGGUCUACACUUCCUGGAUAUUUGGGUCUCUUUCUCCCAUUCUAUCAGCAACCUGAGCAGGACCUGAGUUCUUUUCGGGCUCUCCAGCAACCCCAGAACUAAACAGAUUAGGAAAUGGAUGAUGUUGCAUCCAGAGCAUGUACUUUGCCUCGUGUUUCAUUCAUUGCAUGGUCAGAGUGGCCACCCCUGAUUUCCUCUCCUUUGGCCAUGAGAUACAUUAGGUCACACUUACUCACUUUUUCAUAUAAUGAUGUAAGGAUGUGUUACAUGGAUGUAUUGGGGCCUAGGCUGCAAUUUUGCUAGGUAUGAUCUGACAUUAAAUCCAUCUCUUCCUUUUUCCCACCAUUCACCCACAAGUCUCUAAUUUUAUCCCUUUUUAUUGAAAUAAACACUAUGGGCUGGCUGAGAUGAUGUAAUAAAGGUAGGACAAUGAUUUCCCAGCCAAACAGUCUUUUAGAGCUAUUCCACACUGACCUGCAGACCUCUUUGCAAUCUUUGUCCUUGACAUCUCUGCCAGAGAACUUUGGUCUUGAUCAGACCCUUCUGCAAUUUCACUGCUGUAUCCUAAACACAGAGCACAUUGGGCUAGUUUGCACAACAUGAUAGCCCACCUUGGGUUAAUUUACCUGUCGCAUUGUGCCUGGCACCCGUGGGCACCAUUUUUGCAUGAUACCCGCAGGUGCCUGGCUUGCUGUGGUUUGCCUGACACAAUAACCCACGGCAAGCUGCACGCCCAGCAUAACACAAGAGCCCCUGUAGGUAAAUUAACCCAUGAUGGGGUGCUGUGUCAUGCAAAUCAGCCUUGUGUGUCUGAAACUGUUUCUUACAGCUUUGGGGUGGGAAAACAGCAUAUUAUGUUACUAGGAACAGACAAUGGCAGCCAGGUCCUCUGUGAUGAACAACUAUUAGAGGCUAGCAGGACUAAUGUUGACUUUACCCUCUGUGACUUUAGAGAGCACCAUUUUGUGGAAUGAAGGCCUGAGAAAGUUCAGGGCUACUCCUUUCUAAGUCCCUCAACAAUGUACAUGUGUUAAAUGCCACCUUCCCCGUUUGAAAGUCGACCUCUCCAAGAACUUGUGACUUCCCAUUUUGAGAAGCUCUUGUCUUCCAGGGCUAUUGGUGAAAUUGGAGGCAUCUUAGAAGUUCAAUAAAUGGUCGGUGGGAGAAGUGAGAUUACUGUUCCUCCAUAGUUGCAGCAAUAGAGGGAGACAGCAGGACAACGCUUUGUCCGCCUUGGAGAGGUCAAGGCCCUUGGAGCAAGGAGGCCUUGCUCACCACUUUGGGAACAGAAGGGACAGCAGUCUGUUGCUGCUCCACACUUGAGCCAUUCCGUCAAGGGUAUAAUUGAAAGGACUACUGGGUUAACAAAGGGAGUGCAGGCUUCCAAGAAUAGAGUUAGAGCAGGAAAAUGAAUUAAAUCGGCUGUGCAGGUGCUGCCUGGAUUUCAGGUGAGUUCCUGCUGAAUGAUAGUCAAAAUUAAUAACUGGUAAUUAAUUAAAACUGAUUUGUACCUCUA